AUGAGGUAUAUGGUCGCUCUGCGUAGCUUGUUGUCUCGAUCCCAGAAACAAACUCAGACCGAACCCAUAGUCCGACUCCCCUUUGAAAUUCUCUUGUACAUAUUUUAUCUUUGCCCCUUGUCGGACGUUGUUCGACUUAUACGGGUCAAUAAGUUCUUCUACAAGCAACUCCACCCACUCCUUUUCGAAACUCUCAACUUCCAUGCGGACAAGUCCUCGAAACGCUCGGCUGCCGCGUGUAGACUCAUCUUGCGAAAUCCGGAAUUGGGAAAGGCUGUGCUUCGAUUCGAUCCCGCUGGCGGUGCCAAGCGGUUACGGUCGAACAAAGCGGAGGAAUUGUCCAAAUUACAGGCCGACGCGAUAGCACAUAUGCCAAAUUUGGUCGACAUGAAUAUUUGGGGACGGGCUAUUCUUCCUCAUCACCUUCAACAAAUUGCUGAAAAUCCAGUGGAGAAUCUGCGCAGGCUUACUCUGAUGCAAGUUAUCCCUGACGAUUCUCUCAGCGUCGUCCCCGAGCUCGUCCGUGCCCACCCCAAUCUGACCGAGCUACGACUGUGGCCUACCCUCAGAGCCGAUCAAUUUACGGAUACCUCACAACAAGGAUUCACGCUUGAUCGUGCCGACGCACCCCAUUUGCGCAGUUUUACAGGGUCAUUACCGGUCCUUGGAGAUUUGCUCCAAGAUACAGAUGAGCGAAGCCAGGAAACCAAGGAACCAGUGGAACCGAUUACGCAUGCUACUAUCGCAUCACCGAUCCUCCUGCAUGAACAUUUUGAAGAUUUGAGCGUACUCAAAGCCAAUGGCUCUUCGUUGCGCUCCUUCCAAUGCCAUGUGGUUGUGGCAAACUGGCAUGCCAUGGAGGUUAUUGCAAAGGCCAUGCCCCAACUUGAAGUUCUCAAACUACACGUACUCGCCAACUUUAAGCGCGAUCGAUUUGUAGGUUUCAUUAACCAGGUCGAGGGCUUGGAGCAUUUCACGGAUCUCCGGGAACUCCAUCUGAAUUCGCGUGACGUGACGGUUUUCCACAGGACUGCGUUCGCAAAAAAGGGUGCGGAGCAAGAAGUGGUCGAAAAACUCGCUCAACAGUGCAAGACUCUGCGCGUAAUCACCAUGCCACCGUACCGCCGGUGGGUGAUGCAGCCCGAUGGAAACUGGGACGUACUGUCGGGUCAAGAAUUGAAUGAACAUAUUAGCUUUGUCAAAGCACAGCUCGGCCGGCCCAACGAUGGUCAAUUGCGAAGUGUUGGAUCCACGUCGGGGCCUAUAUCAUAA